AUGCCUGGAAGCCCUAAGAGAAAGAAGUCGAAGCGCAAAGCGUCGGACUCUGAUCCCAAGGCACCGGAAGGGAAAGCAGCUCUGGCAAAGAGAGCGCGUGCUCAGUCUCAGUCGAUUAUCGAUGAAGUCGACGACUCACAACAACUUCGACGAACAGGACGUCAAGGUGCAGGGACAGGAGGUAGGAGCACACAACUGGAGAAAGUGAGCGCUAUUUUGCAUGCUCCAGCACGGACCAGCACACCCAAGGCUGCCACCUCCCUUGAUCCGGACGCUCCUGAAAACCCUCUCGCUCCAAAACCACCUCGCAAGGGUGGUGGGAGUCGUCCCAAGAAGAGACAGCAGCCCCCUCCGCCGUAUAGCCCUUCAGAAGAACCGAGCACCACGACUUCCAAAUCACACUCGAAGAAAAACAAGGCUCCUGUCAUUCCUGCCCCAAUGUUCGAGUUAUUGAACUCUCAACCUACUUUUACACAACGGGAAGCUCAUGGACGAUACAGAUUUUCGCCACCAAUUGUCCCUCCCGGCACAGAACCGGAUCUCCAAGCGCUAAACAAUUCCUUCGUGGCUGCAGCCAAGGGCGCACACGCCCUGCCUGAUCCCAAUCAUUCCCAGACUUGUGUCGACACGUCCCAAUGUCACGUUCCGGUUACCAACCCCAAAGCCCCCCAAGGCCAUCGCACUGUCACUACUUCUAACGUCGAACAGACCCAUCAGACUCGUGUCGACACGUCCCAACGUCAUGUUCCAAUUACCAACCCCAACGCCCCCCAAGGCCAUCGCACCAUCCCUACUUCUAACGUCGAACAGACCCGUGUUGACACGUCCCAACGUCACGUUCCAGUCAUUAACCCCAACGCCCCCCAAGGUCAUCGCACUGUCACUACUUCUAACGUUAAAGACCCAGCACUCUCCAGCACCACUUCAAAUACCGUGCUGCUAUCAGACGCUAACUUUUUCCAGAAUUUAGAUCCUGCCCUCCGGCCGACUGGACCGUCGGGUGCAGAGUCCGAACAAUCCAACACGUCCAAGGAUGAUUCGUCUGGGUCGGAUGAGGGUAGCGGAGACGAGGAAAUGGGUUGGGGAGAAGCCCGUGGGCAUCAUAGUACACACCCUGGUUUCUCGAGGGAAGAGCUACCACCCCAACCUCGGGUGGCAACUGCUCUUCCAACAGACUUUGAAUUCCAGUAUUCUCGCGACGAAAGUGACCAGGUUGCUGAGAAGACUUUGGCAGUCGGUAGUGAUUCGGGCGAUGAUAGUUCAACGAUGGAUCAAGAGGUACAAGCCCGCUUAUUUGUUGGACCCAAUGACGUCUUGAAGCUUCACCAUGAGAGAAACAGCCAUCCCCGACUUCCUGAUCCUGCUCUACUGGAGCUUCUUCGUGCUGCCGAGAUAGAUACCUCCAAUUCGAAGGUGAAACAGAAGGGCCCAAGGCUACCCAACUGGGCCUUUCUCGAGGACGCAAAGGUGGAGUGUCGUGCCCAGCAGGCACUGGAGAACCCUUUUCCAAGCCUUGUUGAUGAUCUCCCGGUCGCAAUCACAGAGUCGCUCUCGGCCUCUCUCGUCCAAUGGCUUAAAAAUGGUCAACAAGUUGAUGCCGGUGUGUGGCCCACUCAUAAGCCUGACAUGGCGAGGCUGCUGUAUGACGACUUAGCAACCUGGCGCUCCGAUCUAAAGAAAAUUGCCAUCUCCAUCACACCUUCCGCAUAUGGCCUUUCCCCGCCAGACGACAUUCCCGUUCAAGUGCGUGCAGCUUGGGUUCAAGCCGCAGCUGUAGAAUUACUCGACGAUGGUAAAUUUAUGCGCCAUGGACUAGACGAGUUCGGGAAGACUAAAAAUUUUGCGCACCCUGCGCUUCUGGAGGCCAUCAUCUUAUUCUUCUACACAGGAUCUUAUCGCAUUGCUCGUAGGCGACCAGCCAUUUUUCGGAAGGAGGUACCAUUAACAUGCUUAGCUCUCGUUUGCACUGUGUUUGAUUGCGUCUUCCAGGGCCUCGAGAAAAAUGGUAACGGCAAGUUUUAUUCAAAGUUCGCUGCCAAGGAGUACGAGUCCGUUUAUCUUUGGUUGCUUGGGCUACUCAAUGAUGUCAUGAGUGAUCCAUAUCACGGUCCGAAGCUGGUGCAGCAGCUUCGUGAAUGGGCCAAGAUUGGAUGGGCGGAGGCAUCCAAACUCGACGGCGUUGACACGUCGAAACAUCGUCACCUGCGCGUCCAGCUUGAUUGA